AUGACCGGUGACCUGCGCCUGCUGCUGCGCGUCCUGUGGCUCUUCCGUCCUUAUGGCUGGUGGAUGGCCCUAGGAGUGCUGCUUGCCUGCCUGACCGUGCUCGCCAAUGUUGGGCUGAUGGCGGUUGCCGGCGGGUUCAUCGCCUCGAUGGCAAUCGCCGGGUUGGCCGACGGGAUGAUGAACUACUUCCUGCCCGCCGCCGGCAUUCGUCUGCUGGCCAUCAUCCGUACCGGUGGCCGCUAUGCCGAGCGGCUGAUCUCGCACGAAGCGACUUUCCGGCUGCUGGCGCGGCUACGGCUUUGGCUGUUCUGGAAGAUGGAACCGCUGGCGCCAGCCGGGCUGCAGGACCAUCGCGGCGCCGAUCUCACGUCGCGGAUUCAGUCAGACAUCGACACGUUGCAGCAUGCCUAUCUACGGCUGUUCACGCCGAUCGCCGUUGCGCUGAUCGCCUUGGUGGUCAUCGGGACGAUCAUCGCUCUUUACUCGGGCGAGGCGGCACUCUGGGUGCUGGCCCUGCUGUUGGUGGCCGGCGCGAUUGUCCCGGGAUUGGUCCUGCGGGCGACGGCCGCACCGGCGGCGGCCAUCGUCGAUACGCGCGCGGAGAUGCGGAUUGCCGUAGUCGAUGCGCUGCAGGGCAUGACGGACAUCAAGCUGUUCGGCGACAAGCAACGCUUGGCUGCACUGGAACGCACAGAGCCAUCGCAGUGGCGGCAAAGCGAUCCAGUGUUCAUGGAGAUCGAUCGCCAAUCGGCCCAAUUGCUUCUCUACGAACGUAUACUUGCGGAGAUUCCAGCCGAUCUCGAAAAAUUCUCGAGAAUUCGUGCGAUGCUUGCGACUUCCGAUGAUCGGGAGAACCAGUCGCUUCCUAAGGAAUUUAACGCUCUACGGUAUGUGACGCGCUACACUGAUCUAUUCGAAACGGAAGAUGACCCCUUUGUGCAUUACCUGACACACGGCCGACGUGAGCGACGGACCUGGAGUGCACCGGCAGAACUGUCGUUUCUGUCCGAUACGCUGAAGAGUCAGAUUCUGCUUUUGGACAGAUACGAAAAGAUCCUGAACGAUAGUGGCGACGCGUCGAAAUUUCAUCGCAUUCGAGCGGGAGUGCACGGUUCUCCCCGUGCCCGCGAUCUGGAUCUUCCCCGAGACUUCAAUCCCAUACGCUAUUGUUGCAAGUACCCAGACCUCUUCGAAGCUGAGGUGGACCCAUUUGCCCAUUACUUGCUUCAUGGCCGGAACGAGGGUCGAUCCUGGAGAUAG